AUGCCGCCUCUUCUCGAGUUUUCCGACAAUCCAUUUCGCGAUCGCGAAGACAUUGGCAAGGCAACAAUUGCUCUCAUCCGGGCGCUCAAGCCCUACUUUUCAAGAGGCAAUGCACGUGUCCAACUUCCUGUCUGUUCAGGUUCACAUUUCGAUGAAACCGCCGCCCAGCUCGAAGGAUUCGCGAGACCCAUUUGGGCAGUCGCUGCAGCACUCGCCGAAACUUCAUGUGUCCCAGAUCCAGAGCUUCGAUGCUAUGCUCAGCGCUUGGUGGAAGGAAUUGCAAAUGGAGUCAACCCUGAACAGCCCGAGUACUGGGGCGGAAUCAGCGACUGGGAUCAACGGAUGGUCGAGGCUGAGCCGAUCUCAUUUGCACUACUGAUAGCACCAGGAACCUUCUAUGAGACACUAUCAGAGCAGAGUCGCUUACAUUUGACUGAGUGGCUGUCUCGUCUUAAUGGCAAGAUAAUGCCUGUGAAUAAUUGGCGCUGGUUUCGGAUUUUCUCGAAUCUUGCCUUGAAUCGCAUAUGUGGCGUUUCUAUCGAGAGCACCAGAGCACUUAUCGAAGAAGACCUUGCCAUACUGGAUCAGUUCGAGAUUGGAGAUGGGUGGUGUGCCGACGGAAUUUGGAAAAAGGACAUGAUGCAGGGUCAUGGUGCCUACAGUCGCCAGGCAGACUAUUACUCUGGCAGCUUUGCCAUUCAAUUCAGUCAGCUACUCUAUUGUGUUAUCGCCAGAGACUCCGACCCUGAUCGGGCUUUGCAUUAUCGAAAUCAGGCAAGGGAAUUUGCUAGUCAGUUUUGGCGAUUCUUCGAUGAAGAUGGGGCUGCCAUUCCGUUUGGUCGAUCAUUGACUUAUCGUUUUGCUAUGGGCGCAUUCUAUGCGGCCUUUGCCCUUGCCAAAUGCUACGACUCUUCAAACUGCUAUACAUCUGUGGGCUUUGUCAAAGGGAUGCUUUUGCGACAUCUCCGUUGGUGGGCAAAGCAUUCAGAUAAUGUGUUCGCUGUGGAUGGGACAUUGACGAUUGGAUAUCUCUACCCAAACAUGUUCAUGUGCGAAGACUACAACUCCCCCCAGUCGCCUUACUGGUCAAUGAAAAGUUUCGUGGUUCUAGCGUUGGGGGCCGAUGAUGAAUUCUGGACAGCAAGUGAGAUUCCACACCCACUAUCCCUUGCAUAUGCCAAGAAUUCACCACUUGCCGGGAUCAAGUUGCUGUCCGCACCAUGUCAAAUUUUGUGUGAUCAUCCUCUUGGUCAACAUCAUUUUAUGCUCUCCAGUGGUCAAUAUUGCCAAUGGCCGUUGAAGGCGACCCAAGCCAAGUACAGCAAGUUUGCAUAUUCUUCGGCCUUUGGAUUCAGUGUCCCAACUGGAGCUCUCUUGAGUCAACUGGCCCUGGACAAUACCCUCUCAAUCAGUCGAGAUAAUGGAGAGACUUGGACCACACGAUGGGAAACAAUUGGCGAUCCUCAAGUAAAAGCAUUUGCUUACGAAAACUUUGAAAUUGAAUGCCUACAGAGCAUUUGGAAGCCUUGGAAAGCCAGUAAUAUAGAGAUUGAAUCAACGCUCAUCCCUCCAUGCGAUGCUUGGCCAGAUUGGCAUGUUAGAUUACAUCGCAUUCGAAGGCUACAUAAUAACUUGACUUUACCGGAAAGCUUGAGUCUUGUCGAAGGGGGCUUUGCGAUACAAGCUAAGCAGCCGCGAAAAAUGGGAACUUUGGGUGAAGACUGGAGAGGAACAUCUGAGGCUGAGUCAAUUUUGAAUGCCAGCGGAAGCUCACUCAUUCUCAGCCAUGCAGGUGUCAGUGGCGUGAGGAGCAUUCUUUUGUCCGAGGGUUACACCGAGGGAAGUGUGUUGAAGUCUGAUCCGAACACGAACCUGAUCGAACCAAGAGCAGUAAUACCGACUGUUCUUUACAAAGUCGAUCUUCAACCGACACAGGAAUUGACAAUCGCCACGGCAGUAUUUGCUAUUGCCAAUGGAAAGAGACACUUCUCUCGGGCGGAGCUGUUCCAGAGGUGGUGCCAGCAACCUCAAUUCACAGAAAACAUAUCGAGCCAACUUUAG